CACGGCGCCGUCGGGUCAGCUGACUUUCCGCGAUUCAAUCCCCAGCUUCCCCGACUUUAUCUCGCUUUCCAGAUUGCGUUAGGGUUCCGACGUAGUAUAACUACUGGUCUCAGUUCUCAGAACCUUUUUUAUCCUACUCAAGUUAUCAGCUCUGUCUUCCAUAGACUCAGACAUCCUGCUCCAGCGCUUGUUCCUUACCCGUCCACAUUGCAUCUCAGCCGGAAGUAGCCUUCCAGUAGCUUCGUCCCUUGAGUUAGCGACAUCGUAUCUUUCGUCCAUCAUGGUGCACUCGCAGGGGCUGCUAACGAUUCAGCAACGAGACGUUUCCCCUUGCAUCUUCAGAACGUCACCCCUUCCCCGCUCAGACAACUCUCCAGGUCCUAGACUAUCCCAUGGACACUUACGGUCGCCAGUCACAGCGCGACUAGCAGCCACUCCUGAGCGAAGGACUGGUUCAGAUUGUUUCAGCGUUCUAGGAAUCCCGUCCAGUGCUGGUGCUGACGACAUCCGCAGAGCGUACCGGCAACUCGCACGGACCUACCAUCCUGACGCCAAUCCUGCUGAGGACACCACCUCCAAGUUCCUUGAAGUCCACUCAGCAUACGAGUUGGCUCUCAAGCGUUUUGAGAAGAGGAGAGCGUCUGUUACAUUGGUCUCGAGCUCACCGGCGUCAAAAUCUCCUGCGGAAUCCUCCCGCGGUACACCCACCCGGAGAAAAACUCAGCGCAAGGACGAUUGGGAUGAUAUCUGGAACGACCUGAUGCCGUCCAGCCCUCGUCGCCGCCCUUCCCGCCGGAAAUCCGACCUGAACUCGCCAGGCUUCAUGUAAAUCUCGAAGCAGCUCAACGAGGGCCAUGGUCCAAGAAACCAUGAUAUUCGGCGCUGUGAGCGGGCGUGGCCUGAGCUUGUACAGAUACUAACGGUCUCUGGAGCUUGGCUUUCAGACCACACCCUAAAGGCGUGUUGGAUACGACCGUGUCAUGCUAGCAUCGCAGUAGCUUGCAAGCGCUGUGAGGUUGGCAGAAGUAGUUGCUGUUUUCUUUAGGUUACCGUAUUCGUUCUUCGUUCAGAAGUAAUUUUAAAAAUUUGGAUGUAUUCAUUCAUUGCACAGAUAAA